AUGAAGUUCUCGCACAGCAUCCAGUUCAACGCUGUGCCGGAUUGGAGCGAGAAUUAUAUUGCGUACAGCAAUUUGAAGAAAUUAAUAUAUUCUCUCGAGAAGCAAGUUAACCACCCAGAACUCCAAGAAGAUGGGGAAGUCGAGCGCGCUCCCUUACUCGAUAGGCCUCUUGACACGGACUCUAUAUUCAAACGAAUGUUAGACAGCGAGCUGGAGAAAGUAUGUUCUUUUUACCAUGCGAAGGAACAGGAUCUAUUCCAUGAGGUGGAAGAUGUGAUUGGACAAGCAGAGUCCUACAUGGCCGACAGUGUUGGAUAUAAUAUGGAUUACCUCGCCGACUCUAUGGUGAAAUCAAGAACCCUUAGUUUUGGCCGAAUGCCUAGCACCGUUCGCGGCGCAGGUUCCAGUGAACACAGGGCAAGUGCGGCGACCGACUCAGUUGGCGAUGGAAAUACAUACAGAGACGACGACGAUAGCGAAGAUGACGACGAUACAACUGAACUCCCUUCUCGUGAUAUUCGAAGACGCUCAAUGUCGCUAAGAGACCCUGAAGGACGAGAGGCGCUAGAUGGCCACGCAAUAAGCGAUAUGAGUGAUUCUAGGUUCUUAGGGGUAGCUUCUGAUCACGGACACCCUCAAGAUCAUGAUCCUCAUCUGUUAGCCCUCUACAAUGCUGCUGUCAGUUUGAAAAAGCAUAUCAUCAGCCUUUAUGUCUCGCUUUGUGGGCUCAAAUCCUUCAUCCAGUUGAAUCGCACUGGCUUUUCAAAGGCGUUGAAAAAGUACGACAAAAUUCUCGAUCGAAAUUUGAGGCGGGGCUACAUGAACACCUCUGUUUCUACUGCGUAUCCAUUUACGAAUUCUACAAUUAAUCACCUGGAUGACAAAAUUGCUAGAAUCGAGCAGCUUUAUGCGAACACCGUCACCAAAGGUGAUAUUUCCCUUGCGAGACGAGAACUCCGACUACAUCUUCGCGAACAUGUCGUUUGGGAGAGAAAUACCGUUUGGCGGGAAAUGAUUGGGAUUGAACGAAAAGCGCAAGCUGCGAAUAUGGGCAUCCGACGAACACUGCUUGGAGGAGCUCAAGAUGCGGAGGCUGCUCGUCGACAAGGCGACGAGCAAGAGCCUUCAACGAAAGAAAUCGUCACUCCCGUCGGCAGAUGUCCAGUUCCAAGGUGGAUGCUGACAUCAAAUUUUGUAACUUUGGUUGCGAUACUAAUUGUCUUCAUUGUUCUCUUAUCUGUACCAAUUAUGGCCGAACCCGAACAACAAAACUGCCUUGCGAUGCUAAUAUUUGUUAUUCCACUCUUCGUGACCUCCAUCUUGAUCCCCUUUCUUGCUGUUAUCCUUCAGGUGAUGAGAUCCGAAGAGGAUAACUCACGCUUACUGCCCAAAGAUGCUGCAAAAUCCGUUUUUGCUUCCAUGUGGACCUCUGUUAUCAUGUUACUCCUGGGCGGCUUUACAAUUGCCGCCGCUCUAUCCAAACAUGAUAUCGCUCGCCGCAUGGCUACUUUUGUCUUAAGCAAAGCUGGGACCAAGCCCCGGACGGUAUUGGUGACGAAUAUGUUCGUCAGUAUGUUUUUGAGUAUGUGGAUUAGCAAUGUGGCGGCUCCUGUCCUUUGCUACUCGAUUAUUCAGCCCAUGCUUCGAAAUCUCCCACCUGAUUCGCGCUUCUCCAAAGCACUAGUGCUGGGGAUUGCGUUGGCGUCCAACGUGGGUGGUGCUGCUUCUCCCAUUGCGUCGCCUCAAAAUAUCAUUGCAUUGCAGAAUAUGUACCCCCCUAUCAGCUGGGGAACAUGGUUUUUCAUUUCGAUACCCGUCUGCGUCAUCUGCAUCAUGCUCAUUUGGAUCCUUCUUGUUGUUACCUUUCACCCUGGUCGAGGCACAACUAUCGUACCUAUUCGCGCAGUCAAAGAUAAAUUCACCGGUGUCCAGUGGUUUAUCACGAUCGUCACACUCGCCACCAUCGUUUUAUGGUGUGUGAGCCAUCAAAUGGAGAGCACUUUUGGUGAUAUGGGUGUCAUCGCCAUCAUCCCAUUGGUCCUUUUCUUUGGUACUGGCGUUUUGAAUAAGGAAGACUUCAACAAUUUUUUGUGGACAAUCAUCAUUCUCGCAUCUGGUGGCUUGUGUCUCGGAAAAGCAGUCACUUCUUCGGGCCUUUUGCAUACUAUUGCUCGCGGCAUCACAAGCCAGGUCCAGGGAUUUAGCUUGUAUGGAGUUAUGCUGACCUUUGCAUCGUUAAUUCUGGUCAUCGCCACUUUUAUCUCACAUACUGUGGCUGCCCUGAUUCUUCUCCCUCUAGUCCAAGAAGUUGGUGCCGCCAUGGAGCAUCCGCAUCCCAAUCUGUUGGUAAUGGGAGCUGCACUAAUGUGCUCUAUUGCGAUGGGAUUGCCCACCAGUGGCUUCCCAAAUAUGACUGCUAUCAUGAUGGAAGUGCCAGAAACUGGACAGCGGUAUCUUCGGGUAAAACACUUCAUUUCUCGAGGCGUCCCGGCCAGUUUGAUAUCCUUCGCUGUCGUGGUCACCCUUGGAUACGCCUUGAUGUUGGUUGCCGGAUUGUAG